GAACUCUUCACGACUGCGCUUUGUGUUUUUGAUUAAAGUCAGUGUAUUUUUUUUUACAUUACAAUUGAAACAAUUUGGCAGUUAUUAUGUAUUUUACUGUGUUAGCAGCCGUUGUUACGACAAACGCAGAUGUCGCCAGUUAACACGGUCGCCCUAAAAACCGAAACACCUGCAUGAUUCUCUUAUCUCUCACAAAUCCUCUUACCAAAUGUAAGCCACUGGGAUACAUUCACCACGAUAUAAAGUAUUUACUCUAGCCCCCAAGUCGCUCCGACUAUGCAUUUUUACUGUAUUUUUUUAUUUAUGCAUUUUUAAAAUUUGUUUUCAACUUGGCAAACAUUUUUGCUGUUGCAUUUAACAAAGCUGGCUGUGUCGCUUCUUUGUGACGUACGCGGAAGUUCCCCGUUGUAAGAACCUAGCUAGCCUGCCGAUUUAGCCAGCGCGCUUUCGCCGUGGUGUUAUGUUUGAGCUAAAAUACAGAAGCGUAUGUAAACGGGAAUUAAGCGACGAUGAGAGCAGCACACUUCUAUCUGCUGCUGCUACACGUUUUUUUGACCCCAGCUGUGCUAGUCAAUGCGUUUGAUCCGUUUACAACAACAGUGGUGUUGGGUAUCGGCGCUACUCUGGGGCGGACUAUCUACAAUUAUUUGCAUGAAAGUUGCGAUCCGAAAUGGAUAGCCUUCAAUGCAACAGGUCUCGAGGUGGACCUGGAGAGAAAACUGUUUGGACAGCACAUCGCCUCACGCAUCAUCCUGAAAGCCGUGAAUGGAUUCAUGACCAACGAGAACCCGAAGAAGCCGCUGGUGCUCUCGCUGCACGGAUGGACCGGCACAGGGAAAAACUUUGUGAGCCAGCUGAUCGCUGAAAACAUUUACAAAGAAGGGAUGGACAGCAACUUUGUUCAUGUGUUCACAUCAGAGCUUCACUUUCCACACGCCAGCCAGUUGGAAACCUACAAGACUCAGUUACAGCAGUGGAUUAAAGGAAAUGUUACGAACUGUGCUCACUCCUUGUUCAUCUUUGAUGAAAUGGAUAAGAUGCACCCCGGCUUGAUCGACAGCAUAAAGCCGUACCUCGACUACUACGACAAGCUGGAUGGAGUUUCUUAUCGGAAAGCCAUCUUCAUUUUUCUCAGCAAUGCUGGAGGAGAAAGCAUCAUCCAGACGGCCUUAGAUUUCUGGAAAGGAGGAAGAGAUCGAGAGGAGAUCGAGCUCAAAGACCUGGAAGCAUUGCUGUCCGUCUCAGUGUUCAACAACAAGCAGAGUGGUUUGUGGCACACCAGUUUGAUUGACAAGAACCUGGUGGACUUCUUUGUGCCGUUCUUGCCUCUGGAGUACCGCCACGUUGUCCAGUGUGCAUUGGCCGAGAUGGCAGCUCGAGGAUUUCAACCAGACAAGAGCGUGGCCGAACAGGUGGCCAGAGAUCUGGUCUACUUCCCCAAAGCAGAGAGAGUGUUCUCUGUCAAAGGCUGCAAGACGAUAGAGAGCAAGCUGGACUACUACACAUAACACUGCCAUGAUGCUGAGUUUGAACACUAAACGCACUUUUAUAAAGAGAAACGCUCGCAGAUAAAUGACUAAAGAGGAAGUCGAGCUGACUGAACUCUGAGGAGGUCUCUGCAGAGUUUUAUCUGCCUGACCGAGAGGUCUCAGGGAGGGUUAAAGCCGAUGCUGCUUCUCGCUUACACUGAAUGAAGAGGGGAGAGCGCAGUGCCAGCUGAAUGAAAAAAUAAUAAGACUGGAAAUGCAAUCUUCUGGAGCUGAUUCAGAGGCUUUUAUGUCACAGCAGACGGGAGUCUUAGUGCUUUUUUAUUCCUGAGAAGACAUGUAACUACGGCAUUGUAUGUACUUUUUGUUUUGUACUCCAUGCUUCUGAUCUAUCAAUGUCACAAAACCAGAAUUUUACUAGUAAAUAUCAGAUUUUGAUACCACAAUGACAAUAGAAGUCCCAGGAAAUUUCUCUUUUUUAUUACCAAAAAUGGAAAAGAAACUCCUACACACUGUCUACAUUGCACAAAUCCAUUAGUGCAAAUGUGUUCAUGCAAUAUAGACAGCAUCACCUUCUCUGCUCUGUUUGUAAAGGGUGUAAAUGUAACUUUUUUGUCUUUGUGAGACACAAAAAUGACUUAGAAAAACAUGUAUUUACCAGUUUUCCAGUCUGAAUGGGCACACACUGCUCCCCCUACGUUUUGAUACUUUAAUUCAUUAAAAUAACAGGUGCAAUGGUUUAAAAACAUGACAUAUUGUAAUUUUGGCAACCUUGAUUCAGACUACUGGGAACACCCGCCUUAUUUUUUUUGUUAGAUAUUAGUUUUUCCUUUAUUUAAGAAGACGUGAGGUCUUUACAUGUGUCCACUGUAGAUUAACAAAACUAGCAUGAUACCAGAGCUUAAAUUAUAAUAUCAUUUUAGUAAAUCUAAAAAUAAUGAUACCUGUUCAAAUUCAAGUCUUAUACACUAAAAUGUUGAAUAAUUUCCAUUUUUUAAUUAACCAAAAUUACAAACUCCUGCACACUGUCUUAAUUGCACAUAAGCAUUGGCUGCCAAUGUAUUUGUGUGACAUGGACUAAUGGUUCUCAUGACCCACCUCCUGCAAAAUAACAGUGAUCUGUACCAAAAAGUUUAAAUUUAUAAUAAUGAAGAUGAUGCCAUGUGGGCCUUAAGUACAUGAUUUUACUAAACAGUAAGCGUAAACUGAAACUUUUCACGUCUACUUGUGUUGUCUUUAAUGGCGGCUAGCAACCAGCAUCAGCUCCUCUGCCACCUCCUUACUGCUCCCUAAAACAUAGACUUUCCAUCCCCAAGCUUUUUUCAGUUCCAAGCACGCAUCCAAGACCCACUUAUGGGCCCUGACCCACCAGUUGAGAACCAUCAGUGUAGGCAGUGUUGUCUUUGCUUUCUAUUUGUAAGAGCUGUAAAUUCAACUUCUGUGUCUCUAUGAGACACUAAAAUAUGAAGGUGUAUUAGGGCCACUCUAUGAAGAAAGGAUCAGUUAAUUCUGGACCAACCUGAAGUAUUUGAGUAAAGUAAACAGUAAAAAGUGUCCUUUGAUUAGGCUCCUAAAUGCAGUUCUUGUGCAAGGCAGAUUACAUCAUCUGCUAUAACUGUCACCCAUGCAACAGGCUAUUUUUUUCAACUUUUUUUUUUUUUUUUUAAUCUUAGUUUUAGUUCUCGUUCAUUUAGGACUUGAAGGUGCAGAUUGUGAUGCCUGCUUCUGGUGUUAAUCCUGGCAACCAGAGGAACUUUUAAAAUGCAUAACUGUCCCUUCUGUGGUACUGUUGAAACACACACGACUCCAUGGAGGGGACCUUCCCUAUGUAUUUUUCUAACAAUUUCACAGACUCAGCUGUAAAAAAGCAUAUUUAGACAGGCCUACUUAUGAAUAUUAUGUUUAUUUUUUUACCAGUUUUGUUCCACUACAGGCUGCUAGGCUAAAUAUUACACACUGCACCUUUAAUAAUCUAUUUUUUUCUCAAAAAAUAACAGAUCCUGUCUUUUUCUAUUGGUCAGGGUUGCUCAAAUGCUCCAUCAUACCAAAAUGGCCUUCAAUCUUUAAAAGAAGACUGUGUCAGUUCAACAUAAGUGGUUUUGAAAUUGUCUAAAGUAUCCUAAUUUUGACAACCUUAAAAAACCCUGAAAAAUCAGAAUCUCCUGCCUUAAUAUUUUCUGGGUUUUUUUUUACCUUCAUUUUGUUUUUGGUAUUUGAGUAAUGUAAUACAACAUGCCAUGUUUUAGUGUUGCCACCAUUCUAGAAAUUGAAAAUGUUAUAUGUCCAUAUGAAAAAAAAAACAGAAAAAAAGCAAGUGGUAAUACAAGAAGCUAUCAAAUACUGGCAUAUUUGGAAAAAAAAAAUCAAAUGCAUAGUGUGCAAAAUUUUCCUAAAGAUGAAUUAACUUGUACAAAACGUUCCUCUAAUUAGCCCUAUGUUGUGUUUCAAGUGAUUGUGAUUGGAAUGUAAAUUUUAGAUUAAAUCUUUUUAAAUUUAUGGUAUUGAAAAGAAUCAAAAUCUUGAAAUUUUGCAGCCCUACUUUGUGAAAAUGUAAAUCUAAGAAUGAAAACAUGAGAAAGCUGUGCUUUGCUACAUCCAUUUAUUAGAGAAAAUUAUAGAAAGAUCAGAAAUAGUUCUGUAUAAAUAAAAGAGAACCAUAAGAUGACGUACCUCUAAGCAUUACAUUUUACUCUGUUUUCUCCAGCAUGUGAUUCCUAUUUUCUUUAGAUCUUGACUUAUUAGAGCCCAAGCACCUUGGAAUGCCAGAGGUUAUUUAUUUCUCUUCUUCUGCCUUAGUAAUCACAGUUUUGGAGGCUUUUUCAUGCUCAGAAUCUCAUCAAAUAAGGCAAGGUCAGGCUUGUAAAUUGCCUCCAUAGCGCCCCUUAGAAAUUAAAGAAAUGGAAUCCCUAUUGACACAACUUUCACCUAGGAGAAUGAACUUUGGUGACUUGAUAGGAUUUACAGAAAACUUCUAAAACCCAUGCUCUGACUUCAACAGAAAACCAUCAGUUUGGAUAAAAUGGUUGUUUCAGACAUUUCUAGGGCUCCUAAAAAAAUAAUUUCUUUUAAGGUGUUCAUUCAGUGUAGCUGGAGUUUGGACUAUGACUUAAGGGUUUCUGCUUUUUAUCCCGGGACAACCAGGCAGGCUAUUUAGGUGUCAGAUAUCACAGAAGCACCAAUGUUAUCUCCAGUUAAGCUCUUGUUAAAACAACUGAAGGUUAAACAUCACAGAAAUCAGCACAUCUAUCUCAUGACAGUGGCAUUAAUAAGUCAAGUUCUCCUUAAACAACAGCAAAGGAAUAAUCACAAGAAAAACAGUAGAAUAUGAACUGUCUUCUUAAAGUGUCUAUAAAAUUAUUUGUAAUUUUGAUGUUUUUCUACUGAAAUAAUUUUGCCUUACAGUGAUGAUUUUAAACCCUGGCUGGAUUUUGUGUAUGUGCUUAGUAUCCCCCUCAUACUCAGAUGUUAUUUAUACCAAAACUUCCUUUUUCAAUCCUAAAAAUGCAGAUGAUUAAAUAACAAAUUCUGAUGACAUUGAUUUUAUAGUUAGUUUUUAAAUUCAGCCUUUUGAAGACAAACUCUGUGCUCUGUAGAACGUGUUAAGUAAUGUCUUAAACUUUAAUGUGGAAGGAAACUUUGUUUCUUAAUAUCCAGCGAUUUACCGUCAGCUUUUAACAUCUCAGACUCCUGUGAUUGGAUGUAAAAGGUCUUUUGGAGAAAUGUGGAAGAAAGAGGUUGUAUGGAUGGAAAGAGUCACUUCUCUGCUGUUAAUACAAAAAGGAAUCACAGAAUAAAAUUUUACAUUUUUCA